UUUUUAGAAUAACAAAUAAAAAUAAAGAGCUUGCUAGGAAAACCCUAACAUUUGAAUAACUUGCAAACAGAGUUCCAUUCUAUUAGAAAUACUCAAGGAUAUAGAUCAUCGCCCUUGUUUCCUCUUUUUCAUUUCAACAGGCAGGAGUCGCAGAGGAAGAGGAGGAGGAAGAAUCAGAAGCUGCAAUGGGUCGAAGACCUGCAAGAUGCUACCGUCAAAUAAAAAAUAAGCCUUAUCCAAAGUCAAGGUAUUGUCGAGGUGUGCCUGAUCCAAAGAUCAGGAUAUAUGAUGUUGGCAUGAAAAGGAAAGGUGUUGAUGAAUUUCCCUUCUGUGUUCACUUGGUGAGUUGGGAGAAAGAAAAUGUAAGCAGUGAAGCACUUGAGGCUGCUCGUAUUGCUUGCAACAAGUACAUGACAAAGGCUGCUGGAAAGGACGCCUUUCAUCUACGUGUCAGAGUUCACCCUUUCCAUGUCCUACGUAUCAACAAAAUGCUUUCAUGUGCUGGAGCUGAUAGGCUCCAAACUGGAAUGAGGGGUGCCUUUGGAAAGCCCCAAGGAACAUGUGCCAGGGUAGACAUUGGGCAGGUUCUUUUGUCUGUGCGCUGCAAAGACAACAAUGGAAAUCAUGCACAGGAGGCUUUGCGCAGGGCUAAGUUUAAGUUUCCUGGGAGGCAGAAGAUUAUAGUCAGCAGGAAGUGGGGCUUUACCAAGUUUUCUCGAACUGACUAUCUCAAGUGGAAGGAAGAGAACAGAAUAGUUAGUGACGGAGUGAAUGCUAAGCUAUUGGGAUGCCAUGGACCUUUAACAAACAGACAAUCUGGAAGAGCUUUUAUAUCUGCUGCUGUUUCUGCUUAAUAAGACUUAGUUGUCCGAGAAACAAUCGACAAUUUUCUUUAAGUGCCUAACAAUUUUGUUUAAAAUUGGGAAAAUGUUUUAUGAUUACGUGAGCUGCACUUGUACCUCUUUAAGAGGCAGAUAUUGUUAUUUAUUUCAAUAACCUUUUAUUAACCAUUCUCUUUUAGACUAAAUGGAUGUGAUACCAUUAUCCUAGGGGUGAUGGGCAUGGUAAAGAUAUGAUAUUUUAUAAUGCAUUCUUUUGAAACUAUGCAAUAGAAUUACGGAUUAAUUGUGGUUGUGUUCUA